AUGCGCUAUUCCGGCUUACCUUCGUCACAUUCUGUCUCAGAGCUUCUAGAAAUUUCCCUUCAACUUAAAAGAAUCUGCACUCGCGGUUGCCUUCCCCUUCAGAAAUGGACUUCAAAUUCACCAGCGGCUCUUCAACAUCUUGACUCUUCAGCCUUACAACCUGAAGCAGUUUCGAUUGAAUCGGAGGAUUCGACGACGAAGCUUUUGGGCCUAGUCUGGGAUCCAAUCAAGGACGUGUUCCGGUUCAAUCUUCAGGCAAACUUCUCUUCAACAAUAACUAAGCGGAUCGCACUCUCGGAAACUGCUUUCUUAUUCGAUCCGCUUGAUUUCAUUUCUCCAGUAAUUAUUACGGCCAAAAUCUUCAUGCAGGAGCUCUGGCUCGCAAAACUGCAGUGGGAUGAUCUUCUUCCGGAACGACUUCAACCUCGGUGGUGGCAAUUUCGCGAAACUCGCCAUGGCUGCUGUGGUUUAUCUUCGAUCAUCUUCUCCGGACGGCUCGACGUCUGUCAAGCUCAUCUCUUCGAAAACAAGAGUAGCCCCUCUGAAACGGCUGAGUAUUCCUCGCCUCGAGCUUUCGGCUGCUCUUCUUCUGUCUCGGCUCAUUUCAUACGUCCAGAAAAUGCUUCCGCUAAACGGCGCGCCUGUCUAUCUCUGGACGGACUCGUCGGUUACUCUCACCUGGGUCUCUUUACAACCAGCUCGCUGGAAAGACUUCGUCCGGAAUCGAGUUUCACUCAUUCAAGAAUUGACUUCAACGGCAAAAUGGCGCUUCAUUUCAGAAAAGGAGAAUCCAGCGGACUGUGCUUCGCGAGGACUAACUCCUCUUCAGUUAUCCAGCAUUCGCUCUGGUGGUCUGGUCCCACUUGGCUAAUGAGCACUUCAGACAACUGGCCGGCACAACCAAUAAAUCUUCCUACGGACGCUCCACUUGAGCAUCGGCCCGGCUUCAUCUUCACAUCCAACCUCGAACCAAUAGGCGAGAUUUGGGAUCUUGUACAUCGGUAUUCUUCAUUGACACGACUUCUUCGCAUCACGGCAAUGUGUCAACGGGCUCUUCAUCGAUUCGAGCGCUCCUCACCGGUUCGGACGGACAUACAGCUCACUCCAGACGAUCUUGAACCAGCAAGACUCUUCUGGGUACUACAUAUACAAUCAGCUCAUUUCGCUGCGGAACUUCGGUCAAUCUCAAACGGAAAUUUUUUGACACGGGGUCAUUUCUUGUCGGCCUUGACUCCCUUUAUCGAUUCGCAUGGAACUCUUCGCGUCGGGGGACGCCUGCAGCAUUCCAGUCUAAACUUGGAAGCAAAACAUCCGGCUAUCCUUCCACGUCAUUCGACAUUCACGACGCUCGUCAUCGCUGACGCGCACUUCAAGACUCUUCACGGCGGAACUUAA